AUGGGAGGACGUGGGAAUGACGGGAAAGUAGAUAUGGGACUGGGAGAAGUGAAAAGGGAAGGUCAAGGUGAUGGAACUGAGGGAGAAAAUCAACGUGGCAGAGAGGUGGACUAAGGGCCCGGGGAGGGCAGUGGAGGAGAAUGUGACAGAGGAGAAUGUGACUAAGAAGAAGGCUGCCACGGCUACAUUUACAUUACAUUUUAGUCAUUUAGCAGACGCUCUUAUCCAGAGCGACUUACAGUUAGUGAAUACAUUUUUUGUAUUUUUUUAUACUGGCCCCCCGUGGGAAUCGAACCCACAACCCUGGCGUUGCAAACGCCAUGCUCUAUCAACUGAGCUAUAUCCCUGCCGGCCAUUCCCUCCCCUACCCUGGGCCAAUUGUGCGCCGCCCAUGAGUCUCCCGGUCGCGGCCGGCUGCGACAGAGCCUGGAUUCGAACCAGGAUCUCUAGUGGCACAGUUAGCACUGCGAUGCAGUGCCUUAGACCACUGCGCCACUCAGGAGUAGGCUAGCGUGGUGGCGAAUACUGCCAGGGGUGAAGAUCCUGGGGGAGAAGGUGGUUCCUUCACGACCAGUGGCAGCAGCAGGACGCUGGCUUCGGCUCACAGGAAGGGGAGGGGUCCAUCGAUGGAGGACCAAUGAGACCCGCACGUCUGAGUGCAUCAUCUUCAGAUUAG